GUGUGUGUUUGGUUUUCGAGAAAAAAGGAAAAGAAAAGAAAAGUACAUUUUGUAGUCUGUGGACUUUGUUUGGUUCCCGAGAAAAAAAGAAGAAGCUACUUUUCUAUCAAAGGAUUCAUUUUGAACGUUGAACACCAAAAAAAAAAAAAAAAAAAUUGUUAAUUUGUGAACUUUCAUUUCUUUGAAUGCUUCAAAUUAAUUGAAAAAUUUAUGGUCUUGGAGUUGGAGUGCUUCUUCGUUGAUCAUAAUACUUGAUAAGGUUCUUGAAAAUCAUGGUUUUCGACCUAUGGGGCUCGUCAUAUCAACCAGGUUUACAAAACCUCUGCAGUCAAUUGAUCAAGAAAGCAGUUAUAGUAUGCAAUCUGGAUGGCAGUGCGACUUUUACUUUGGUUAUGGAUAUGAUGUGAUAGAAGAAGAUGCUUUGAAUGAGAAAUCUUGUGUACAAGUGUUGGGGAUUUUGAUCACUAAGGCAGAUGGUGAGAUUCAUGAACUUGAAAAAGAUCUUGUAUCCCUUCAAAGUGAAUUAGCAUGGGGAGAAGAUGAAGAAUGGUCUGAAUUAUGCUGUAAUGCUUUGACAGAAAAGAUUAAUUACCUAGACAUUUCAAUAAGGAGUUUGAAAAAUACCAAUGAGAAUGAUGUUGAGGUUCAGUUGCUAAUGCAUAGAGGACCUGCUGAGGGAGUACAUGAAAUAGUGAAGGCUCUACUCAGAAAUUGUUUCCAAAAGAAAGAUGAGCAGCCUGCAGAAAUUGCAAUAAAAAAUUCAGGUAAAAAUGUUUUGCCAAUUGCACCCAAAAAGAGGGAAAUGUUGAGCGACUCCAAUUUGAAAAUCCCCAGUGAGAAGAUUGAAGAACACAAUUCCACUACUACAGCAGAUGAGAAAAUUUUAGGCUCAUCAUCCAUGCCUGACAAAAACAGAACAGAUAAUGAUGAAAAGCCUGUAGAGAUUGAAAUAGAAAAUUCAAGUAAAAGUGUUUUGCUGCAUGAAAUUGGCCACUCUGACAUGGAAAUGUUGAGUGAUUCCAUUCUGGAAAUCAUAAGUGAGAAGGUUGAAGAACACAAUUCCAGUCCUACAGCAGAUGAUAAUAUUUUAGGCUCAUCAUCCAAGCCUGACAAAAAGAGAACAGAUCAUGGUGUGAAGGCUAAGAAUCCUGCAGAAAUAGCAAUAAAAAAUUCAAGUAAUGAUGUUUUGCCACAUGCAACUGGCCACUCCAACAAGAAAAAAAUGUUGGGCGAAUGCAAUUUGAAAAUCAAGAGUGAGGAAGUUGAAGAACACAAUUUCAUUCCUAUGGUAGAUGAUAUUAUUUUAGGCUCAUCAUCCAAGCCUGAAAAACAGAGAACAGAUCAUGGUGAAAAGGUCACGAAGCCUGCAGAAAUUGCAAUAAAAAAAUCAAUUAACAAUGUUUUGCCACAUGCAAUUGGCCAGUCGAACAAGAAGAAAACAUUGAGUGAUUCCAAUUUGAAAAUCAAGAGUGAGGGAGUUGAAGAACACAAUUCCACUCCUACAGCAUAUGCUAUUAUUUUAGGUUCAUCAUCCAAGCCUGACGAAAAGAGAACAGAUCAUGGUGAAAUGGUAAAGCCUGUGGAAAUUGCAAUGAAAAAUUCAAGUAAAAAUGUUUCACCGCAUGCAAUUGGUCACUCCAACAAGAAGAGCGAUUACAAUUCAGGUCCAACAGUAGAUGAUAUUAUUUUAGGCUUAUCAUCCAAGCCUACCAAAAAGAGAACAGAUCAUGGUGAAAAGGUCAAGGGUAACAAUGUUUUGCCACAUGCAAUUGGCCACUCCAACAAGAAGAAAAUGUUGAGUGAUUCCAAUUUGAAAAACAAGAGUGAGGAAGUUGUAGAACACAAUUCCACUCCAACAGUAUAUGAUAUCAUUUUAGAUUCAUCAUCGAAGCCUGACGAAAAGAGAACAGAUCAUGGUGAAAAUGUAAAGCCUGCAGAAAUUGCAGUGAAAAGUUCAAGGAAAAAUGUUUCACCUCAUGCAAUUGGUCACUCCAACAAGAAGAAAAUGUUGAGUGAGUCCAAUUUGAAAAUCAAGAAUGGGGAAGUUGAAGAACACAAUUUCACUCCUAUGGCAGAUGAUAUUAUUUUAGGCUCAUCAUUCAAGCCUGACAAAAAGAGUACACAUCAUUGUGAAAGGGUCAAGCCUGCAAAAAUUGUAAUGAAAAAUUCAAGUAAAAAUGAUUCACCGUAUGCAAUUGGCCACUCCAACAAGAAGAAAAUGUUGAGCGAUUACAAUUCCAGUCCAACAGCAGAUGAUAUUAUUUUAGGCUCAUCAUCCAAGCCUGAAGAAAAGAGAACAGAUCAUGGUGAAAAGGUCAAGCCUGCAACAACUAUUGGGAAGGAUUCUAGCUCUGAUGCUGUUAAAGAUGCAGCUGGCUUCUCCUUUGGUAAAAGUGACUUGAAUGUUUGUGGAAAUGAAGUCAGACAAUAUGAUUCUACUGCUGCUGACAAAAAUAAAACCUUAAAUUCAUCUUCGAGUCCUGAAGGCAAGGAAAAUAUUCCAAAAACAGAUGAGCCUGCAAAUGCUAUUGUUAAAGGGAGUAGUGCACAGGCAUCUAGACAUGCAACUGGGUUCAACAGAAGGGAAAAUGAUUCUGAUUCUGAUUCUGAAAUAGGCGCUUUCAGACAAGCAGGAGGUGGAAAUCCUGAUUUAGAAGUAAAGCUAAGUGACUUGACAGUGAAAUUUGCCCAUAAAGGGUGUGGCAAAGGAUCAAAGAUUGCUCCAACUGACAAAGUUGAUGCUUCAGAAUCAUCUGCAAAGGCAGAAUGCAAGAGGAAAAUUCCUCCACUAAGAGUGAAAGUAAAAGAAACUGGACUCUUUUCCUUAACUUCACUUUCAGAGAUGCCAGAUCAAAGGAUGCAAGAAACAACCGAGCUGCAACAGUUAGAGGGGAGGAAAUCACAAGCAGAAGACGAUCAGAAGGUUGAAGUUGCUUCUAAUGGAAAGAGACCAAUUUUAAAUUUGCCUCUGAAGCCACCGAAGCUGAAGAAAAAGAGGAAAAUUGAGUCAGAUGGACCAUGGAUCGAAGGACCAGCUUUCUCAUCCGUUGAACUUAAAUCAAUUUUUUCUACUGCAAAAUCCAAGACCCAAAGAAAAUCUGGAGUCAGCACCGACAUUGUCAUUUUAAAUCAGUCUCAUAAUGAGGUCAUUGAGGGAUUAGUUCAGCCUGGCCAGUGUGAAGCCAAAAAGUCUAGUGUUGCUCCGGAUGACAGCAAAAUUUCAAUUUCAGUAUCACAGAAGAAAAGAAAGAAAACUUCAAAUUUGCCAAUGACUCUGAAGAUUGAAGAUUCAGUUGUUCAUAAGGACCUCUCAAACUUGCCUGGGAAUGCAGCUGAUGAUGGAAGUAAGGAAAAUCUUCAGAACAUCAAGUCCUACUCCUCGAAUGACUCCCAUACAGAGGCCUGGGCGCCAAAAUUAGUGAACUUGAUGGAUUUGUCACUAAACGAACUGAAGCGCAUUGCAAAGGAACAGAAUCUGACAAAGUAUCAUAAGCUUAAAAAACAAGUACUGGUUGAACUGUUAGCAGAAAGACUGGGUUGUUGCUGAUUAUAUGAGCGGGUGUACAUAUUGGUCAUCUGCUUCAUUUCCUUGUUUCUAUAGGUGCCUUCUUUGUGAUUGUCUGAUGUUCCAUGGAGUUUGAACGGUUCCAUUUUUCUAUUUAAAGACUCUUGAGGUAUAUCUUCAUCAUCCACAGUAGGAACUCAAAGAAAGGGGAAAAGAAGAAAAGAAAAUAUAGUAUAAUUGGGGUUUUUUUUUUUUUUUUUUUUUUUUUUUUUUUUUUUUUAAGUUUAGUUUUUAGAUUUCAUGAAAUUAUGUUUCAUGUCUUACAAAGAUAUACCUUUGAUGACGAAGAUAAUAUCCCAACUGUAACAGGAUGUCAAAUUUGCCAUCGAUCUUAUGGCUUAUGAACUUGUGGCAGAUCUUGAAAUUAAGUACAUGAUGAGCUGGUGAAAACAUGUUCUAUUUGUA